UCACUGGACGGCUCUCCUUUCUCCAAGAGCAUCGUCAAGGCCAUGAAGGACGCGGGUUUCACUUCCCCCAGCCCCAUCCAGUCGCAAGCCUGGCCCAUCGCCUCCGCUGGCUACGACAUGGUGGCGGUCGCCAAGACAGGAUCAGGGAAGACUCUGGGCUUCCUCCUCCCUGCCUUCAGCUACCUCGAGAAGUUGGGAGGAGGAGGAGGAAGAGGUUGCAAGGUGCUUGUGCUCGCUCCUACUCGAGAGCUUGCGAUCCAGAUCGAGUCAGAGUGCAAGAAGUUCGGCAAGGAGGCGCAGGCGACGUGCUGCUGCCUGUACGGUGGGGUACCUGUGGGGCCCCAGAAGGCGGCGAUGAAGCAGGACCCCAAGAUAGUGAUCGCGACGCCGGGGAGGCUGGUGGAUUUGAUGUCACAGGACAGCUGCGACAUCAGCAAGUGCGGGUAUGUGGUGCUGGAUGAGGCAGACCGCAUGCUGGACAUGGGGUUCGAGCCGCAGAUCAAGAAAGUGUUCGACGCUCUGCCGGCGGUAGAGGCGCGGCAGACGUUGUUCUUCACUGCGACAUGGCCAAAAGCUGUGAGGAAGAUGGCGGGGAAAUUCCUGAAGGAAGACUUGUUUCAGAUCUUCGUGGAUGGUGGAGAGGAUGCAGAAUUGUCAGCAAACAAAGCGGUCAAGCAACGGUUUGUUCACGCGACUGACGAUGAGAAAGAUGCCAAACUUUGGAAGAUUCUAGUGGAGUUGCCUGAAAAUGCAAGGGUUGUCUGCUUUGCCAACACAAAGAGAAGAGUCGACUAUCUGUCAAAGCAGCAGCAGGACAGAGACAAAGCGCUAGCUCAAUUUGUGAAGGGAGAAGCUCCUCUAAUGAUCGCCACCGACGUCGCUGCUAGAGGGCUGGACAUCAAGGGAGUGACCCACGUCAUCAACUUCGACAUGGCGCGAGAUGUUGAGAGCUACGUGCACCGCAUUGGCCGAACAGGAAGGGCUGGGGAGCUCGGCGAGUCCAUCACGUUUUGGAACCCGGACUACGACAAGGAAUGCGCUCCCGCACUCAUCAAGAUCGCCAAAGAUGCAGGGCAAGAGGUCCCUGACUGGCUGCUGAAGUUUGAGAAAGUGAAAACGAACAAGUCCUGGAAAGUAGAAGACGCAGUCUUGAACUAG